AUGGGAGGUAACAGCACAAACAGUACAGGAGCAAAGUGCACUGAUCUUCAAAUGCCAUUUCAGUACACCCUCUAUGCAACCACCUACAUCCUCAUAUUCAUCCCUGGUCUUCUGGUUAACAGUGCAGCCUUGUGGGUUCUGUGGCGCUUCAUCAGCAAGAAAAAUAAAGCCAUCAUUUUCAUGAUCAACCUCUCUGUGGCUGACCUUGCUCAUGUGCUCUCCUUACCCCUCCGGAUUUACUACUACAUCAGCCACCACUGGCCUUUCCAGAGGACCCUUUGCCUGCUGUGCUUCUACCUGAAAUAUCUCAACAUGUACGCCAGCAUUUGCUUCCUGACCUGCAUCAGCCUUCAGAGGUGCUUCUUUCUCCUGAAGCCCUUCAGGGCCAGAGAUUGGAAGCGUAGGUAUGAUGUGGGCAUCAGUGCUGUCAUCUGGGUCAUCGUGGGCACUGCCUGUUUGCCACUUCCAAUUCUGAGAGGUACUGGCUUAGCCAACAAUCCUGAAUCCUGCUUUGCUGAUUUAGGGUUUCAACACAUUAGCAUGGCUUCUUCCAUUGGCAUGGUAACUGUAGCUGAACUUGGAGGAUUUAUAUUACCUGCUAUAAUUAUUACUUAUUGUACAUGGAAAACAAGAAAAUCUUUACGGGAAUUCCAAGUCCCUCCUCAGAAUACCAAAGAGAGAAGAAAAGCUUUGCGGAUGGUCCUGAUGUGUGCAGUGGUAUUCAUUGUGUGCUUUGCCCCUUACCACCUCAACUUCCCACUUUAUAUGAUGAUGAAGCAACACGUCUUUUCAAACUGCUACUUUAUCAAGAGUAUUCUAUGUUUCCACAUAAUUUCCUUGUGUCUUGCAAAUCUGAAUUGCUGUCUUGAUCCAGUUGUAUAUUAUUUUAUGACCUCAGAAUUUCGUGAUAGAUUUUCAGAACAUGGCCUGGUUUUUCAGUCAUGUGUGAGAUGCAAUGACAGUGUUUAG